AGCCAACUCCAACACUCUACCCUUGUAAUUCCAGCCAUCUCCAUUGGAAACAUUCCCCAAUUCACUGUGGACUUGUUGAUCCAUACGUUUGAUUUCGUAAAGAUUGGGACUCUAGACGACUCCUUCUUGUACCCAUUCGCAUCUCCCGAAGAUCAUGCUACCAACAAACCUGUUGCUCACGGAGUGUCCAACGCCAUCGAGGUGUACUACAGUGAUAAGCUUAACAAGACGGUGAUCCAGCAAAGAUCGCCUAUCAUACCCAGCUUUAUUGCCACUCAUGUCAAUGAUAUCAUUUUGCCAUUUGUGGUCAAGUCAGGUUUCGAUAAAGUGGUUAUCUUAGACUCCUCAGAUGCCGGGCUUGUAGAACACAUUACCCCAGGCUCGAUCCAGGUAUAUACCAAUGAAGACUUGUUGAACAAGUCGUUGGAAAGCUUAAAAUUGCUGAAAUACCUGGAUAUAUCACUUCAGGAAACACCAUAUGAACACUCCAGCUAUGUGCGUGCCUUGAUAGCAGCACUUGACUCAUCUCCUGCCCAUUCACAUGCUGAAGUUAAUGUGCUUGUAACUUACGUUUACGAAGGCGACAACUUCGCUGAUAGUGAAAUCUUGGCCAACAAGUUGCUCAAUGUCUUGGAGAUCGAUCAUAUCAAAAAUUGGACAAGACCAAUAAGCUGGUACGGUGCCUACGGUGACAAGCCUGUUCCUUCAGCUAUGGAAGAAGGACUAUUCGGUUGA